GAAAUAUACAAAGGUUAAGGGCGAAAAUCUAAAUUGCGUUUUACCAAAUAUAAAUUCGAAAAUAUAAAUUGAAUUUACCCCUCUGUUGAAGGCGGGAAACCGAAGAGUUUCGGAGGGAGAGAGAGGGGAGAUGGAGGGAGAGAGGUGUGGUAGUGGAGACUGGCAGAGUAUAUUAGAAGCUCUCAAAUCUUCAGAUGUUGUUGAGACCCGUAUUCGGUUGCUUUCCAAGCUUGGGGAUUCAAAUUUAUCUGAGAAAUCUGACUUGGCUACACUUGUUGAAUGCCUCACAACUUAUUGGGAAGACUUCACUUGUUUGGAUGUAACCCAAUGCUUGUUAAACAAAACCAUUUUGAAUGUGGCUGCAAAAUACAUAGACUCAGACAUAUCAGGAUGUCUAGGUUCAUUUCUCGCCCUUGGGACCAAGGCAAGCAUGUGGUGUGGAAAGCAUCUGAAGAUGACACUUUUAUCAAUCCAGGAGUCCCAAGAGGAAGAACAUUGCACUCUCUUUUUUCAGUUGCUUUUGGACUUCUUUAGCUUCUCCGCUGCUAGUUUCUCAGCUUUGGCAAGAUAUCCUGUUUCUGAAGACAAGGAAUUGAUAGUUAUUGUUGAAAGAUUCAUUCUGGAACAGUUAAAUCUAGCAAAAGAUUCCAUAUCUGAGGUUAAGAGAACUCAUUCAUUUGGUUCAGAAGUACUGAAGGUGGUGCAAGUGGUCCUCGAUGCUGUGGUGAGACUAUGCAGGGUGUAUUCCCAAGCUGUAAACUGGGAGUUAUGUGAUUCAAGAACCGAGAGAAGCGAUAUAGACUGUGAAGAGGCCAAUAGUACAAAACAUGUGAUUAACAUAAUAAAAUGUAUAAUUGAAAAAAUGUGUGAAUUGGGCAUCCUUGCAGCUAAUGAUGGUGGGAAUCUAGUAACGAUACUGAAUUUGUCAUGGAAAGGUGUGGUUACAUUGCUUCAACUUGGAAAGGGUGCUUUAGCGGUAAAAGUGAAUGUACCAGAUAUUAUUCUAACUCUAAUUUCACUAGCCAAUGAAUCUCUGAGAUGUGCAGCUGAGGCAUGGUCUUCACGGACAGAAACCAUUACUGCAGCAGAAGCUAAAAGGACAUUCCUUCCAGUAAAAUUUUACCUGAUUAAUGCUGUUAGAAUAUCCUCCCAAUAUCCAUGCCAAGCAUAUUUGGUAUAUAGGGAGAUAAUACUCUGUGUUCUGAUGAUCUCAACCUUAGGAAUUUCUCUAAGUAUAGAAAAACAUCUCAAAACUGCAAGUGAAGUAUUAGCAGAACUAUUGGAGCCAACAUAUUUUCAUUUACUUAAUGCUUUAUUAAACUCAGCUCAAGUGAAACAGGAGCUGAAGUUCCAAAUUCUGGAUUGGUUGUUCAUUGAUGAACACAAUUCAAAUUCUAGUGUUGGAGACCCUAGCACUAUUUACUGGACAGCUUCAAUGGAUACAAUCUUUACUAUAAGCUGUGAAGCUAUGCCUGGUGCACGGAUAUUGUUGCUCAGUCGGGUUGCCUUGUUCCUUAAUAUUCUGAAAAGUUCUCGUGAUCUUGAAGAAGAUGUAAGACUUGGAAUUGCCAGAAAGCUUGGAUGGCUUUUGGAUGUUUUAGUUGAUGAAGAGGUGUAUUCUUCUGUUCUUGUUUUGCAAGUUCCUAUAUUAUAUGGUUCUGGACAAACCUUAGAAUUAGUAUGGCAGCCUAUGUUUUCAACUCUCAUCCUUUCACUGAAAACAUUUAUGAUUGUGGUAUCUCCAAGCCCUAUGUGGAGUGAAUUUGAGUUUUUUCUGCUACAGAACUUCUUCCAUCCUCAUUUCCUUUGCUGGGAGAUUGUUAUGGAACUUUGGUGCUUUAUGGUGCGUCAUGCUGAGAUAGAAAUGGUGGUGGGCAUUAUUGAUAAACUUUGCUCAUUAUUGAAGUCAGUGGCAUCUAUACAACCAGUUCUUGCUCCCAGUUAUCCUCUGAGAAAAAUGGCAAGAUCAAUCUGCAAAAUUCUGAGUUCUGGUACAGAGUCUAUAGUAGAUCAAGUUUACAGUUCCAUUGUUGGGGAUGAUAGAUCACAAUUGUCAUUGGUAAUGCACAUUGCAUUGCUCAUGGAAGGUUUCCCACUGAAUUUACUAUCGGAUAGCAUGAAGAGUAUUGCUACCCGGAGAAUCAUGACCGAUUAUUUUGGCUUCAUAGAUAGUUUUGAUGACAAAACAUUGCAAGCGUGUAGUUCUGGUGUUUUUGGUCUACCAGUUUUUGCUCUGUCUGCUGCCUUGCAGUCCAUUGAGGUCAAAACAUCUGAUAUUGACACGAAGACCCUGAGGUUUUUAGUUGCAAUAAUUCAAAAGUACAGAAGUUCCAUGGACAAUCAAAUGAAAGAUCAUUGUCGUAAGCUUCUGAGUGAAACAUUAGGGAUUGUCUCAAAUAUGAAGCAUCUAUAUGCAUCUGAUGCAAUGGAAGAAGUCAUCUUGGAGCUUCAAAACCUUUUUAUCUCAGGGCAAGCAGCUUCAGAUACUCAAUUGUAUGAAUGCAAACCAGAUCUGGCUUCUUUCCUGGCCGGCCUUGCUUACAUGAAAAUAGUAGAAAGUGAUAAAAAUGCCAAGAGCUCUGCUGUAUGGGAAUUGUAUCGCAUGUUACUGAGUGAGCGUCACUGGGCAUUUGUCCAUCUGGCAAUCACCGCCUUUGGAUACUUUUCUGGACGUACUUCUUGUGAUCAGCUAUGGAGAUUUGUGCCACAAAAUGCAGCUCUUUCAUUUGAUUUAGAGUCAGGAGAUGAGGCAAAUGAGGAGAGAUUUACAUCUGAGUUCAAGGCAUUUCUUGAUAAGGAAAUGACACUCACAGUUACACCUAGCUCUGAGCAGCUGGGGCUGCAUUUGAAGGAAGGUCUGAUGCUGAAAGAAAUGGUUCUAAAGAUAUCAAAAGUUGAUACAGAAGCUGUGGGAUGUGAAAUCAUGAAGAUUGACAAUGAAAAACAAGCCAACAAGAGAAGGAAGCUGCCUGAUGGAAUUAGCAAAGGAAUGGAAAUGCUGCAGCAUGGUCUGAAGGUCAUGGGUGAUGGUAUUUCCGAGUGGCAGCAAAAUAACUUUGACCAGAAGGAACUUCACAACAAGUUCCUGGCUCAUUACUCUAGCCUCAAAGAUGUGAUUGACCACUUAGUAGGCCUUGCUGGUAGUGGGUAAAUUGUAGUGUUCAAUAUGAGACUUGCUGAGGUGCUAUAGUCAAAACUGUGUAUUGAACUGCAUAGUGAUUGUAUAUUUCUGAUUCAGUGAUUAGUGUCUCUGCGUGUCCAAAGUCAUUGAGAUUGGGCGUGAGGACUUGGAUUUCGGAUGACCUAUAAAUUGCAGAUAUGGAUUUCUGAUAAA